AUGGAGCUGCCCUUAAACGGGCCUGAUGGAUUAUCGAUGGCACUGGCCAUGACGUCUUCUCCGCGAGGCUGGUCUCGUUGGCCACGGCCUGGAACUUUGCUGACCUGUUCGUAUGACGGAACAACCAAGUUCUGGUCCAUCUCAACAGGGCGCUGCUGGCGCAGCCUCAAGCAGGAGGGCCCUGUGAUGUCAGUCGCCGUGUCGCCAGACGGGAGGUAUCUGUUGACGGCUGCGUAUGAUGGUGUCGCUGCAGUCUGGUGCGUGGCCAAAGGGGAAGCCAUCCGAACUUUGAAGGGGCAAGAGGGUGGCCUUUACACGGCGGUAUUCUCACCGAAUGGCCAGUCAGUGCUGACGGCCUCGGCGCAUGGAGCUGCUUGCAUGUGGAGAUGGAGGAUUGGCAAGGUGCAAUGGCUCUUGAAAGGGCACGAGGACAACUACAUGCGUUCCGCGACCUUUUCGCCGGACGGAGAAACCAUUGUCACAACAUCCUCAGAUUGCUCACUGCGGAUCUGGCAGCUCGACUCGUCGGACGAGUCUAGAGCGCCGGUCCUUCUCAGAACACUUGAGGGCCACUAUGGCUGGGUGAACACAGCGGUCUUCUCGCCCAGUGGCGAUCAGAUCCUGUCAGCGGCUGCCGACAAAACAGCCAGGCUCUGGUCUGCAUCCACAGGAGUCUGCCUACGGACCUUCACAGGGCAUUGGGCGUACGUGCGAUCGGCUGUUUUCAGUCCGCAGCAGACCAUGAUUCUGACGGCUUCAGCAGACUGGACGGCCAAACUGUGGAACUCGCAGACGGCAACUUGCAUACAGACCUUUACCGGUCACUCGCAAUGGGUCAACAUGGCGUCUUUCGUCAAUGGCCUCUCCAAGAUUGUUACAUGCUCCCGGGACAACAGCGCCCGGCUCUGGGAUACCAAAACUGGCGCCUGCCUGCGUGUGUACGACGGGCACAGUGACUUCGUGAUGUGGGCGAUGGUUCCUGCCGCGCUUGCAACCAAAGAUCAAAGGCGCAAGAUCAAAGCUGGCCAGAGGCGAUGGAUAGCCAAAGCCGCUUCCAUGGACUGGCAGAAACAUGGUUCCGCUUUGGAUCUGAACACCGGGCCGUUUGCAAAGAUCAUGGUGCGGAAGCGAAGUUUCCGACUCGGCCCCCUUUGCUUGCCUUGUGCCGUAGCCCUCUGCUGCGGCUUUGACCUGGGCAGCCGAGCCUUCGCUCCGAGAGGAUAUGGGCCUCAGCCCUGUGGUGCAUGGAGCUCAGAGAGGUGGCGGGCCAUCUCCGCGCGGCGGCUCGCGAUCCCGUGGAACCGGGUCGGAGGUGGAGCCGACCUACCAGUCGAGGUGCGAGAGGCAGCAGACACUGCCUGCACGGCUGGAGAGGGCCUGGACUUGGAACUGGCCGUGCCGGAAGACUCGGACAUGCAGGAGCUCACAGACUUGGUCGAUGAAAGCUUCCAGCGGGCCAUCCAAGCCAGGAUGGUUGAUGGUGGGAACCCUCUUGGCGACUUGUGGAACGGCUGGGUCUCCUUGAGCGAGCGGCAGAUGACCCUUGGGGCGAUGCGAAAGCGCCUGGCGGGCCUGCUCUCGUCGCCCAGUCUGAGGCGGCCGACCAACGAUGAGUGGAACCUCGGAGUUCUUCUUCGCGAGAAGGGUGUCGAGAAGCCACCAAUCGGAUACUUUGAAAUUUGCAUGCAGAAACCAGAGGGGAUCAGCAGGCGCAGCGCAGCGCUGGAACCAUACCUCAAGAACUUAUGUGUGUCCAAGGCUUACCGAAGGCGCGGGCUUGGCAAGAAGCUCCUGAAUUUGGUGGAGGCAUUUUGCAGGACAGCAUGGCAAGGCAGCGCACUCUAUCUGCAUACAGAUGACGAUGCAGCAGCCUUCAACCUCUACAACAGCACUGGCUACACAGUGAGGAAGCAAGAGAAGGAUGGCGAAGGGGUCAGCUUCUACAUGUUCAAACGCCUGGAGUAG